AUGACAAUAUUUGAAAAUAGAAUCUAUAGAAUAAUAUUAGAAUAUCUUUGGUUUAAUAAGAAUAACAAAAAAUAUAAAAGUUAUGCAAGAUCACUUUCAUCAGUGAAUUGGUAUUUUCAUGGUGUUAGAGAAUCUUCAUUAGGAGUAGCAAAGUUAAAUAGAUGUUCAUUGUUUGAUCAUCAUCAUUUGACAAAACUUCAUUAUAAUGGCUGUGGAUUUAAAAGUAUUAAGAAACAAUCACUUCAGUUGAUUACACCAAAGCUUAGAGCACUUACAUGUGAUCAUACGGAACUCGGCUUCCUAUUGGAAUGUGGUAUGUCAUCAUUGGAGCAAUUGAAAUGUCUAGUUACAAUGGGUUUCGAUGACACAACUAAACAGCUUAGAGGUCAGAUCGGAAUGUUGGCAUCGACUCUGAAAGCUGUCAGUUUCCAAAUUAAUAUGAAGCUCUACUAUGAAUUACAACUGUUGAUUAUCCAUUUUUUGUCUGAACGUUUCGAGCACCUGACAUCAAUAGAGUUGAUCGAAACAUCUGGUAAUGUCCUCCUUUGCAACCUCUAUCGAAAUUCAAAGAUGGUGUUUGAUCGACUGCUCAAAUUCAAGUCAUUGCAACACUUGGUAAUAGAGUUCCAAAUUGAUAAAGAUAAAGAUAAUUGGGACGAUGAAGGUGUAAAGUCAUAUGAAUUUCAAUCGGAUCUGCUCUGCUAUCUAAUGAAUCAAUCAUCAUUGAAGAGUUUCCACCAUAAUCGAUUCUUAGGUUCUUCAAUUGAAGAGUAUCUAUUACAAGAGUCAUCAUCGAUUGAAUAUCUCAGCUUGGAUUUACAUCAAGGUUUCAGUGAAGUGACAAGAAACAACAUAAAAAAGUUGAGCCUCGUUGCAGUAAGUGAUCAAGAUAUGCAUAAGCUGGCAAUGGUUAAAUAUCUUAAAGUACAUCCAAAGUAUCCAAAUAGUCUUGCUGGAAUCACACAGUUUCUCAACAGACAACAACAACUUCAAAAACAAUAUGGAUUUCCAGCAGAUAGAGUACUAAAGUGUGAAGUCAACAUAGGUCAAGUUAAUAUUGAACCAGAGUUUCUAGAAGCACUCAAGAAUAACACGACUCUCAAACGAUUAUAUCUUUCUAUAAAAGAAGACGACUAUAUUGUAGAUUUAGAUGAUUUAAAAGUUAUCGAUAGCAUCAUUCAAAGUCAUCCAACCAUUAGGAAUAAAGAUACUUGGUUCAUUACUAAACAAAAACUAAAAGACAGAGGACAAGUGUACAACCAAAUAGUAAACUAA